AUGACUGUCAAACGUCAAAUUUUGGAUAUGCCACAACAAAUAGCUUAUGUGACUCAGCAAGAAGUCAGUCAUGUAGUGGCCAGGGAUAUGACACAACAGGAAUUAACAUCUGCCAAGCCUCAGGAAGUCAGUCUAACGUUGAAGGAUAUGGCUCAACAUGACCUCCAGACUACGUCUCAGAAUAUUCGAGAACCCAGUCCUUCAAACAGUCAGACUCUAACAGAAGCUGGGACGAGGGGGAUGGACCGACUUAUUCAGGCAGCUCGAAAUUUCGAUGCUCGCCAAAAGGAGAAGCACAAUAUAACCGUUCAGAAGCAGCGAAUCCAAGCAGGCGACCUCCAGGACACACAACUCAUACUACAGGCCUCGCCAGAAAUGAAGUGCACGCUACAGGAAGUCGGCCAGGGUCAACCAUCUUCAUCAACUCAGGCAGCAUCGUUACAAAAGGACAUCCCAAUCGCGUCUCCCAUGAAGACACAUCAGAUAUUAACAGAAAUCUAUCCUUGGACGCUAGAAGGGAGCAGACUGAGCACACCAUCCCCAGAAUUUGCUCAGUUAGUGCAACAGAUAACAACAGAGGUUCACAAUCCUUCGACGUUGCAGGAGGACAGCCCGGUUCAACAAAUAGAGACCAGUCCACCUCAGUUGCCACUAGAGGACUUGAUGGAUCAACUGUCUUCCUUACAAGAAACUGAUCCAACAUCACCAUAUAUCAAUCCGCCUCGAUCACUGCCAGAGGAACUAUUUCAGAUCUAA